AGAUUCAAGCCAGAGAAUAUUAUCCUUGUAGGUCUCAUGCCUGGUCCAAAGGAGCCAAAAACUGAUGAGAUCAAUAGUUACUUGGAGCCCUUGGUAGAUGAUUUGAAGCAGCUGUACGUUGGCAUGCGGAUUCCUACACACGAAUUCCCAAAUGGUGUCAGUGUUCGCGCUGCACUACUGAUGGUUACAUGUGAUAUCCAAGCCACCAGAAAGACAAGUGGAUUCACAGUGCAUAACAGCACAUGUGCUUGUUACAGGUGCAGCUGGCAUGGUGCAGAGAGCAGGUUGCAUGCUGAGGAGGGGAAGGAUGGAAGUACACUCUCAGAAAGGCAUCAGCUGGAGGUCGAAAAUGGUGUUCGAUGGUUGCAGUUGCAACGCCUUGGAUACUUUGAUCUAGUAUGUGGAACGAUCAUUGAUCCCAUGCAUAAUCUUUUCCUGGGG